AUGUUACAAGCAAGUAUGACUCUAGGUUUUCCGUGCUUUACUUCAAUGGGUUGAGUUCGACUAAUCAUCUCGGAAGCAAUUGCUCCCAAAGCUACUGGAGCACGCGCGAUAUUUACUCUGUCGGCCGGAGUUUCUUGUCAAUACAGAAGUAAAAAUGCCCUUGUGAUGGCAGACCCCACCUGCCACAACCUUGUUGACAAAGCAAAGGAGCCGAUAUUCCUUGGAUUCUCAACUGUUUUCGAAAGGCUCAAGUUCUAG